AUGAAAUUUGAGACGAAAUUUUCAGAAUGGACGCUGUGGACCACGAAGCUGUUGUGCCGCUACAUUGGCCAGACGGAGGGCACGUACACAUUUGUGCUGCUUUCUAAGAAGAGAGCUCUGGCAGUCGUCAACUGCCCGAGGAACACAACAAGCGAAUUGAAACACUGCACGUUCUCGGAAACAGUAAGCAACAAGAUUGUGGCUAUUCACUGCUAUCUUAGCUACUACCACAAUUUCAGUAAGGAAGGUGAAAUGAUCAGCUACAACCAGUCCGCCAACUCCAACAUCAACUUCACACUCGUUUCCAAAUAUCCAAUUGCUUUUGUCCAGAUGAUGGAUUUCCGUAAUGUUGAGUUCGACUGUGAGCAGUUCUCACUGACUGGAAACGAUGAGAAUCUUUUGGAUUCCCCUUUCUUGGCCGUCAACUACAGCUCCAAUAAUAUCUCCUUCACUAUCACUUAUACGAGCAGUUGCAGUAAAAGCGAAUCCCGGGCGUUCACUGAAUUCGCAUUCGCCCUCUACUUCAGUCGUCGUGCCAGAGCAUCAGUUGAGGACUCGAAAUUCAAAAAAGUAGAUCUUUUUUUUAUUUUUGUUUUUUGUUUUUACAGAUUUCUUCAAACGCAUGAAGAAGAAUAUAGCAAGCGCCUAAACUUGGCCUAUAAGUAG